CAGCCUUCGCUGUGAUGACCAGAAGGUGUGGGGUGGGUGCUACCUUGCUGUUUGCAGCCUUGAAUUUGUCAACUGUUCAGUUAUUGUUUCCUUUCUGUUCUGGGAAAAGUGGCAGGAGAGUGUGAAGCGUGGAUAGCUCCUCCUCCCUGGGCAUGGCUGGGGGUCCAUUCAGGACAGAGAGCCACCGGCCCUCAGAGCUCUAUCCAGGCGCCCUCGAACUGGGGCAAGGCCUCUUAGAAAGGGAAAGGCAUUUCGGCAGAAACAGUCAAGAAGCCAGAAUCUCAAUGGUGGCUGGCAAGGGUGUAAAUGGUCUGAGGCAACUGUGUGAUUAAAUAUGGUUAAAUAUUAAUUUGACUUCUUUUGUCUCAAAGGGCAUGAUUCAAGCAAGGGAGAAGCAGCCAGUGUGUGAGAUCUCCAGCUGGCUUAGGAGAAUUGCUGGGAGCCCUGUGUUUCGGGCACACAGACAGUCCACUGUUGUUUCCCACUCCCGCUAGGAUGUGUGUCCUCCUUCCUGCGGUUCAGAGAGUUUCUGCAGGGCUUUUGUUUGUGGCAGUUUGGGGCACAGUUGUAGGGGACAAGCUGCUGGUGGUCCCUCAGGAUGGAAGCCACUGGCUUAGUAUGAAGGAUAUAGUUGAGCGUCUCAGUGACCGGGGACAUGACAUCGUGGUGGUGGUGCCAGAAAUCAAUUUGCUUCUGAAAGAAUCAAAACAGUACACGAGGAAGGCCUACCCCGUGCCCUAUGACCGGGAAGAGAUGGAGGACCGUUACCGCUCUUUUGGAAAGCAUCACUUUGCUGAGCGAUCCUUGCUGACUGCUGCUCAGACAGAGUACAGGAAUAACAUGGUUGUCAUCGACAUGUACUUCGUCAACUGCCAGAGCCUCCUGCAGGACUCUGACACGCUGAGUUUCCUCAAGGAGAGCAAGUUCGAUGCUCUCUUCACCGACCCGGCCUUACCCUGUGGCGUGAUCCUGGCCGAGUACCUGGGUCUGGCCUCUGUGUACCUCUUCAGGGGCUUCCCGUGUUCCUUGGAGCACGCCUGGGGCGGGAGCCCGAACCCCGUGUCUUACAUUCCCAGGUGCUACACCACGUUCUCAGACCACAUGACCUUCCCCCAGCGCGUGGCCAACUUCCUCGUUAAUUUCCUGGAGAGCUAUCUGUUCCACUGUCUCUACUCAAAGUACGAGGAGCUCGCAUCAGGCCUCCUCGAGGGAGAGGUGAGCCUGCCUGCCUUGUAUCAGAAGGACCCCGUGUGGCUGUUGAGAUACGACUUUGUGUUGGAGUACCCCAGGCCAGCCAUGCCCAACAUGGUCUUCAUUGGAGGGACCAACUGCAAGAAGCGGGGUGUCCUGUCUCAGGAAUUUGAAGCCUACGUCAAUGCCUCUGGAGAACACGGAAUUGUGGUUUUCUCUUUGGGAUCAAUGGUCUCAGAGAUUCCAGAGAAAAAAGCUAUGGAAAUUGCUGACGCCUUGGGCAGAAUACCUCAGACAGUUCUGUGGCGCUACACCGGAAGCCCACCAUCGAAUCUCGCCAAGAACACGAAACUUGUCAAGUGGUUACCCCAGAAUGACCUGCUUGGUCACCCGAAGACCCGUGCGUUCAUCACACACUCUGGCUCCCACGGAAUUUACGAAGGAAUAUGCAAUGGCGUCCCCAUGGUGAUGCUGCCCUUGUUCGGUGACCAGAUGGAUAAUGCGAAGCGCAUGGAGACCCGGGGAGCUGGCGUGACCCUGAAUGUCCUUGAGAUGACUUCUGAUGAUUUAGCAAAUGCUCUAAACACAGUCAUCAAUGACAAAAGCUACAAGGAGAACAUCAUGCGCCUCUCCAGACUCCACAAGGACCGCCCCAUUGAGCCGCUGGACCUGGCUGUGUUCUGGGUGGAGUUCGUGAUGAGGCACAAGGGAGCCCCGCACCUGCGCCCUGCCGCCCACGACCUCACCUGGUACCAGUACCACUCCCUGGAUGUCAUCGGCUUCCUCCUGGCCAUCGUGCUGGGAGCGGCAUUCAUCGCCUUUAAAUGUUGUGCCUUUGGCUGCCGGAAGUGCUUUGGGAAGAAAGGGAGUGUUAAGAAAGCCCACAAAUCCAAGUCCCACUGAGAAGUCGGUGUGAAGUGAGGUGAAAUUCUGAUCUAUCCUCCAAUCAAUGUUGAACUCGAAAACAGGGUCAGUGUUAGAUCAAUUUUAUUCUUAUUAAAAAAAAUACUUUGCCAUAAGUUAGACAUCCCCAGAGCAUUAAAAAUAAAGGAAAGUAAUCUAAUAGCCAGUCACACCUGCGGGUGCAGGUGUGUAGACACAGUCUGCUUCUUCAGUGCUUCCCAUCCGGGCUCUGCCUGACCUCCCACGUGGCUUACGGGGAGGCUCGGCAUUCUGCGCUGCUUUUCUCAGUAGAAGCACAGGGUUCACAGCUGGUCCCGCGGUUCCCUUACCUCGCAUGGCGGUUUUCGCACCACCAUCGGGGUUGUGGACUGUUGUGGUCCUUUCUGUCACCACGGGCCGGCAGUCCUCACUUCCAAUCAGGUCUCCUCAGAGUCACUUUUUGUGUCUAAAGAAGGAAACCUUGAUACCUUUAGGGUGUACUUGAUACACAUGAAUGGGUCGGAGUCCCUGAGAGCAGUGUAUGAUUUCUGACUUUGGGGAAAAGGAAAUGAUGCUGUAAAAUUGGAUGGUGUAUUUACAAGGAUAAUCAUUGCUUGUGUCAAUGACAGAAACCAGGUAUAUUUUAUCUGAUAGUUUUCACAACUAAAAAUUCAUUAAUAAAUUGGUAUAAAUUAUA